AUGUACAUCCGCCGAUUCUCCGUCGCCCUUGUGUCCACCCUCGUCGGCUACGGCGCCUGGUACUCGUACGACGGCACCGCGUCUCUGGACAAGUCCCAGAGCUUGACGAGGAGCUUCACCACCGGCGCCGCUGGCGGCGGCGAUGCUGCUCCGACCCGCGCCGUCCUGGUUGUCGGGGCUGACCAGCUGCACACCGGUACCUUCGUAGGAGAAGGACCGAUCUCGAAAGCGACGAGCGACGACGACGGCCGAAAGGUUAUCGAGAUGUUGACCCCCGAGCAAGCCACGCAGAAGCUGCGUAAGACGGAGCAGUCGUUCCUUGUGAACAGGGGCCAGGGCGUUGUGAGAUACGACCUGGUACAGCUCCCCAGCAACGACCCGAUCGAGGACGACCAUGCCGAGAAGAUUGUCGAAGUCCCCAACAAGGCCGCCGGUGCCGUUGGAAACAGCAGCGACUGGAUGUUCUGGGGUGUCUUUGACGGUCACGCCGGCUGGACUACAUCGGCGAAGCUGCGUCAGGAAUUGAUCCUGUCCGUAGCUAAGGAGUUGAACACCACCUACCAAGCCUCCAAGGACCUCUCCCCCGCGGCCGAGGCUAUCGACACCGCAAUCAAGUCAGGAUUCACCCGCCUGGAUGAUGAGAUCGUGAACCAGAGCGUUGAGAGGGUCAUCAAGGCCGGCUCCAAGACCAUGGCCGCAGAGCUUCUCGCACCCGCCCUCUCUGGCUCCUGCGCUCUUCUCUCCUUCUACGACAGCAGAUCGAAGCUUCUUCGUGUAGCCUGUACUGGCGACUCUCGCGCCGUCCUUGGUCGCCGCACCGCCAGCGGCAAGUGGACCGCUACCGCCCUCUCCGUUGACCAAACCGGUGGCAACCCCGACGAGGCGGCCCGCCUACGGAAGCUUCACCCUGGCGAAGACCGUGUCGUGCAUAACGGUCGCGUCCUCGGUGGCCUUGAGCCCACCCGUGCCUUCGGUGACGCCAGCUACAAGUGGAGCCGCGAGAUCACCAACCGCCUUAGGGAAUCCUUCUUCGCCCGCUCCGCCUCCCCCCUCCUCAAGACGCCCCCUUACGUGACAGCCGAGCCCGUCGUCACCACCACUAAGAUCGAGCCCGAGAACGGCGACUUCGUUGUUAUGGCCACUGACGGUCUGUGGGAGAUGCUCACCAACGAGGAGGUUGUCGGCCUCGUCGGCAAGUGGAUCGAGACUCAGGCCGCCGGUACCGGGUCCCAGUUUGACUCUACGUGGUCCAAGAUCUUUGGUUCCAAGCAAUCCGGUCUGCCCGUCGAGCAGGCCAAGGACAAGGGCGUUGACGGCCAGAAGACGCCCAUCCGCCUGCAGCAGUGGGGUAUCUCUCCCGACGCCCCUGAGCGGUUUGUUGUCAAGGACAAGAACGUGGCCACCCAUCUCGUCCGCAACGCCCUGGGUGGAAAGAACGAGGAGCAGGUCUCUGCUCUGCUUACCCUGCCAUCCCCCUUUUCUAGACGCUACAGGGACGACCUUACCGUCCAGGUUAUUUUCUUCGGCAACGGCGAGAAGACGGGCCAAGUCCACCUGAACGAGGAGGCCACCGCCCCCUCCAAGCAGGAGCCCAUAAAGGCGAAGCUCUAG